GUGAAAUCUUUCAGACCCGCCUUUGACUCAUCCCCACUCAGAGCGCAGAUUUAAGACUCAGCUUUGGGCCCCAAUCCUCAGUUUCUGCUCCAGUGUCCAACCAGCGUGAAAGCAGCGUCACAGCAGCACCAGGGCCACAAGAAGCAGCAGCCUCCAGAAACAUGAGCCGCAACUCCAUCAGCACCAACCAGGAACUGCGCUUUGGAGAGUACAUCCAGAGUCUCAACGAUGAGUACUACACCAUAAUGCAGGCUGAUAGUAACCUGGUGACGUACCGGCGUGGCCAUGGGCCAGUGUGGGCCACAGGAACAGCAAACUUCUGUGCACAGCGCCUGGUGCUGCAGUCUGAUGGGAACCUGGUCAUGUUUGACUCAGACAAGAGAGUGAUUUGGGAGACUGGCACUAAAGUGGAGCCCUUCUCCUCCAGGAUGAGACUGACCAUCACCAACCAGGGCUUUCUGCUCCUGGACAACGAUGGUGACACCAUCUGGAGCUCUGCUGAUACCAACAAAGACCAGACAAAGUAAAGUUUGCUCUUGUGACAUGGGCCUUGUCUGAUCAAGUGUUUAAGUAACACAAUAAACCCUUUUAAAACAAAA